AUGAAGGAGAGGGACUUUACUAAUAGGUUGGCCAGGUUUAUCAGGUGUUGUCUAUCCACAUCUUGCGAAAGAAAUCCUAUCUCACGCCUUACAGCAAGAAUCAUGAGCCUAAAAGAACAGCUAUUGUUCCAACCAACCUCAGUCUCCGAAUACGCUCGUCGAAUAUCAAGUUCAGCAACAUUGAAUCGCCCUGUUACUCGUUUUCGUCGAUCCGAAGUGACUGCUCUGUACGGUGACAAUACUUUGUACACCAAUCACACCAAUCACCACUAUAAAGACCACUGUUUCGUCCAGAUGUCUUGUUACGUUACCGAUGGCGAGUUCAACCAGUGGGAGUACUGUGGGGAACCGAACCCUAGCCGCAGGGCAAUGGAGUGA